CGGUCUCUACGCAGGCUCAGUGGUGCCAGGUCGGUAGCGAGGAAGCAUGGCCCCCACGAUUGCUUCGCGUCUGUACUCACUGCUGUUCCGCAGGACUUCCACCUUCGCCCUCACCAUCGUAGUGGGCGCCCUUUUCUUCGAGCGCGCCUUCGAUCAGGGCGCAGACGCGAUCUACGAGCACAUCAACGAGGGGAAGUUAUGGAAACACAUCAAGCACAACUAUGAGAACAAGGAGUGACCCCGUGAAUGACGGCCAGAAGGAGGACCUCCACCUGCCACCAGUUCGCCUGGAGCUGGGGCUCAGCCUGAGGAUGCAUCUGAAGUCACCCUUCAUGGGCCACCUGUACAAGCAAGCUGUGGCCCCGCCCGACACGCAGCCUCUGGCUGCUGCUGUGUUUGAAGUGUGUGACUACCGCUAUCAGCAAAUAAAUGAAAACUGCUCCUGA